UCGGAUAACCGGAGGCCACCUCUGUCUGUGGGGCCGUAGAGACACGGGGGGCGACGUAGUAUCGAAGCGGCGAGCCCGCAGUUCCGCGAGGAGAUGCUGAAUAUGUGGAAAGUCAGAGAGCUGGUGGACAAAGCCACCAAUGUGGUGAUGAACUACUCAGAGAUUGAGUCCAAGGUGAGAGAAGCCACUAAUGACGACCCCUGGGGACCCUCUGGACAACUAAUGGGAGAAAUAGCCAAAUCUACCUUCAUGUACGAGCAGUUCCCGGAGGUGAUGAACAUGUUAUGGACGAGGAUGCUGAAAGACAAUAAGAAGAACUGGAGACGAGUGUACAAGGCUUUACUGCUGCUGGCCUACCUGAUUAGGAAUGGGUCAGAAAGAGUCGUAACCAGUGCCAGAGAACACAUCUACGACCUGCGAUCUCUAGAAAACUACCACUUGAUUGAUGAGAAUGGUAAAGAUCAGGGCAUCAAUGUGCGUCAGAAGGUGAAGGAGAUGGUGGAGUUCAUCCAGGACGAUGACAGACUGAGAGAGGAGAGGAAGAAAGCCAAGAAGAACAAAGACAAAUACAUCGGAGUCUCUUCUGACAGUAUGGGAGGAGGAGGAGGAGGUGGCGGCGGCGCUAAUGAGCUGGAUCGGAGUAAGUGGGAUGAGGACUGGGAUAAGAGCAGAGGAGCUUUCCCCUUUAGCGAGAAGCUCGGAGAGAUCAGCGACAAAAUAGGCAGCACCAUCGACGACACACUCAACAAAUUUAGGAAGAAGGAACGAGAUGACUCCCCCGACAGAAUCAGUGACAAUGAGGAGGACAGAGCGUCAAGAAACGGUAGACAGGACACCCUUGAGUUCAAAGAUGAGGAGGAAACUGUCACGACGAAGAGCAUCCAGAUCACACAAGCGACAGAAACCACAACCACCACCACACGGAAACGCAGCGGAGCGACAAGCAGCAAGACUCUGGACCUGGGUGCUGCAGCCCACUACACUGGAGACAGGAGCCCUGAGGAGAAGUCAUCAGUCAGGCAGUCCUCCAGUAGCGGUUUAGCUGACCUGUUGGUGAUUGACCCCUCAUCCAAUCAAAACACUGCAACAGGUGGUAAUCCAGACCUCAUUGGUGGCUUUGCUGACUUCUCCUCUCCUGCGGCCUCUGCCAGCCUCCCAACCCCCACGGCUGCUGCAUCAUCCAAUGGAAAUGGAGAAUUUGGAGACUGGAACGCCUUCUCAAAUCCACCAGCUUCAUCUAGCUCUGGUCCCUCCCAGCCCACCACAGACCUCUUUGGCAGCGCCCCGUCACCUUCAGCCACAGCGUCUAAUCCUGCUUCCAUCCCACCUUCUGCUGAGCUCUUUGACCUGAUGGGCGGGGUCAACCAUCAACUAACCAAUCCGCAUACGACACUGAGUGCCUCUCAGAGUAUGACUUUCUCCCUGGGAGGAGCAACGCCAGGAGCACCUGUUGCUAUGCCCACCAUGCCCCUUUCUCGCUCUCAACAGAGUUUGGGAGGCAUGACGUCUCAGCAGCCCAUAGGACAACAGCAGAAGGUCGGAGGUCAGGGAUCAUUAGGGUCGACAUGGUCUGACCCCUCUGUUAACAUUAGCCUGGACUUCCUAUCAGCAGGCCUCAACCCCACCAAGUCACCACCCACACUCAACAAUAUCAUCCAGCAACAAGGAGUGCCUCCCGUCAACCUGUUGAACCAGAACUUCGGAGGACUGAACCUCAGCUCCCCGCCCCAUGUGACACCCAUCAGACCACCAGCCAAUCCCAUGAUGGCUAGUAAUACCAUGAUGAUGGGCAUGCCUACGUCAGUGGCAACUGGCAUGCCAGCUUCAAUGACAACGGGUAUGCCACCUUCGAUGACCACAGGGACCAUGGGAAUGGGGGGACUUCCUGUAAACCAAGGCAUGAUGGGAAUGAACAUGAGCAUGAAUAUGGGCAUGGCAGCUCCCGUGAUGAUGGGUAGUAUGACUGGCAUGGGAGUACCAGGAGUAGGUAUGGGCCUCACACACUCCAUCACUCCAGCUGUGGGUCAGCCCAAACAAGAUGCCUUCGCUAACUUUGGCAAUUUUGGGAAAUGAAGGAGUGCAAAUAAUUGUGUGAGUGUGAGUGUGCAUGACUGAAGUUCGGAGAGUGUGAAUCACAGAAGGACUGCUGUACUUGAAGACAACUUUGCAUGAAUCUUCUCUCUCUGCUUCUGCUCUUUUUGGCGAGCCAGUGAUCGUUCACCAUCCCGGUCUGUUGACGUGAUUUGGAGGCAGGGGAGAGCACCCACUGGUACCCCUUACCCAGUGGUCACUUGAUGUGUGAAAUGAUGUCACACAGAGGGCGCCUAAUGAGCAGAGAAGGUGCCAACCCACAGCCUCGAGUCAUUACUUUCCUGCGGUGAAAGAAUUUUGUUCUUAACCUGUUUUAUAUAUGAACUUCCAUACAUCCCCCCUUCGUUACAAAAAGUCUGUUAUGACACUGAGUUAAAAAUCAGUACACUUGACUCAAAUCAAAAUGGCAUAGCUGCCUUAAUUUUGCAUUGCAGCAUGAGAUAUGUUUUAUAUCAUUUCAGUGAAAUUAAGUCGCAGAAUUUAAGCCAUUACAUUAUUCCCAGGGAGUGACUCUAUUACUUUAUCUCGCUUUUUGUGCAAACAUUUAAACAGUUACAGUAUCAGGAGUAUACAGAAUAAAUUCUCCACUCCUCCAACAGAGUGCAGGAUGAGUAUAUAUGGUCAUAAUUAUUCCUCUUGAGCCAUAUUAGGGUGGAUGGAGCUUUUUCUCUUUGUCUCCCCUCUCCUCUCUUUUCAUCGGGCUUGUAGCGGUUUAUACUAGACGGAUGCACAGUAAGACACCGAAGGGUUUGUAGAUAUGUGAAAGACAACAUGAGUGAAGCCUUGAACUUCUCAGGACAAUUGUCCCUAAAAUACUGUUUGGCUCCUUGUGUUAUGUCACUUAUUACGUUACUUUCCAUUUUAGAUGCCUCUGUCAGAUUAAUGCCUGAUGAAAGGGCCAGUCAGUAUUGUACUCAGAUUACUAUUCACUGAUAUUUUCCUCUCUUUGUGUCCCCCCUGCCAUUGUGUCACUUCGCAUAUGCUGUUAUAGGGCACCUGACUUUGUGGAAAAAAUACAGAUCUAUUCUACUUUCGCAUACAGACACAUUUUACUGGAUAGCAUUACAGAAUAAUGUUUUUGAAGCUCCAAGCUAUCACUGGCAGGACACUGGCUGUGGGAAAAGAGGGGAAACAAUCACUUAUCUACAAGAUUUAACAUCACAAUCUUUGAAACUUCUUCCAUUGCCACAUAGCAGAAUUUGGGGCACAACCCAGUAAUGCUCCUUUUAAUCACAAAGUAUUCAUUUGCAGCAAACAUUUUUAAUCUUGCAGCUCAAUUAAUGAUCUGCUGGUGCAAGGGAUGCAGGUCUUCAACUCACAAACUGUGGAUCAGAAAAUGACUACCGCCUCAUUCAACAUGGAUCAGAUAAGUUUGAGGAAUUGAGUUGAGUUUUAAUAAAUGAUUUCUCUGGCUAGUUUAGACAAAUCGAAGGGGUUUAAGGGUCUUGAGUGAAGUGAAAAAUGAGUGUGAAAAACAGGAGUGAAUGAGUGUGUGUGACUUUGUGUAUGGAUAGUUUUCUUUGUUUGAUGUGCAAACACAGCUAAGCAGAGCCUUUUGUCAUUUUCUGAGGCAAUGCACUCCAAAUGACCAAAUCUUUAUUUUGUUAUUCUCAAAAAAGAUGAUUCCAUAGCUAUUAGUUUAAUAUUUUAUUAGUUCACUUGUAAGGUUAUGUUCAUAUGGGAGAGCUACUAAUAACGUUUAGUUGAGAGGAAUCAUGUUUUUGUUUCUUUUUCGGUACAUCUCAUUUCAUUUGAUUGUACUCUCUAUUUUCUGUACUUCAU